AUGAAUAAAAGUGAUGAUAGGUUCCGCUGGCUUCACACUGCGCUGCCAAUAGGUGUUGCACUUUGUGGACGACCGCUCGUGGAUUCUGAACGUUUCUCGCAGAGUACGCUGUUCACUGCGCGCGACGAGUCUGUGUAUACGUGCUACGGCGACUCGAGCGUUAUACUUGACCGGUUAUCUUGCCAGCGGCUCGCGUUUGAUGGUGCGUUUGUGUUCGGGAGCAACGAUAGCCCGAGUCAGCUCUACUUCGAUGCAGCUUUCCGGAGUCAAAACUUGCGUGAGCAGGACGCAUCGGUACCAACGUCCCAGCCUGUAUGGUCUAUCCAGGAUGCCAUUUCGGCCGCAAUAGCCGGAGUUGCGGACGUUUGCAUCUUUACGUAUGGCGGCCAUAUGACGGGGAAGUCCACCACGCUGCGGCGCGUGAUGCUUCUCGCUGCGCAGGAUAUCAGGAGAAAGCUUGCGACCAGCCCAGCGGCUGUCUGUUUACAUGCAACAGAAUAUCGUUUUGAUGAGAACGACGUAGAGUUAAUUCGUACGCUCUACACAGCGGAGCAGGUAGACGCUGAUCAACUGCCCAGUGUUCUGUGGCAUGAAUUUCACCGGGGCGAGCUGGCCAAUGGUCAACCAGCACCGUCCACAUCGCACUUUGUCUGGAGCAUGGUUUUCGCCCACGGGUCACGAAUCAUUUUCGCUGAUACUUGUGGUGCCUCACGUGUGACACCAAAGGGCCUUCGAUGCCAAGUAGAUUUGUCCAUUUUUUCUCUUGAGCAGGCUGCGCUGCACACUGUCGAACACAUGCAGGGUACGGCCUUCACGAGGUCGAUCGCGUGCGGCGUGGGAGGCCAUGCCAUAGGCAUCGCUUUGUGCUGUUUCGGCCAGACAGCUUUCCAUUAUUUUCACGAGAACGCUCAAACUUUUCAAAUUGCGAGGAGUCUCAUGCGCAUUGUGAAUCCGAUUCGGUUGGCAGCGUCGCCCAGCACCACAGCGGCGACAUCGUUGUCGGAGUUCUCCCAGGCACCCCAGCUGUUGAACGAUUCAGCUCUGGGAGAACUGUGCUCGCUUCGGCGCGCCCAUUCCCCCAAUGUAUUCGGCAGGGAUGAUUCAAGGCACAGCGUUAUUUUUUACGACUAA